GAUACAUCUCUCCAUUCUCUACACCUAGAACAAAGAGUUUUAUUAUCUCCUCAUAAAACGUUACAUAUAAGAUACACAUGGCACACUAAACAUAGAAACCUUAAACGUGUUUAUCAUGCAAAGUUGGCAGUUACCAUGCAUGUCACCCACUUGCCAAGAAAAUCAUAAUAAGAUAGGAAACUUAAUAAAACUCAUAUGGUACAUUCUUCAACAUCAAUAUAUUUCUUCCCACUAUAUAUAAGAGUCGAAGAAGAAGAAGGAAUCUGCAAAAGUGAACAUCGAAACUCAAAGAAUACAAAGGAGAUAUACAGUCACUCUGUGAAGGCAUAGUUAUGGGGAGAAUAUCGAUGGUGGUUUUCGUGGUGAUGAUGUUGUUGUUGGCUCGGGAAGACAGUACUUGUUCAGCAGAUCCUUUCUUGGACUGCUAUGAUAAGUGCUUAGACGAUUGCCCUCCCAUCGUUUUUGAAACUUGCAUAAUGCCAUGCCUAAAGAAGUGUGCACCUCACAAGGUCGCCGACCAGCGUCAAGAAAUCCAAGGAGAAAUACACAAGAAGAACAACUAAUGUGAGGAAACCUCAUGACUAGAGGACCCAUUAGUUAUUAUAUACAAUAUCCAUGUUUCUUCUCUUGAUUUUGAGUUAUUUAAUUUCGACACAGAAUAAAAUGGGCGCUCAUUAUACCGUUUACUAUAUCUGUUUUCCAUUGUUUAUACGACCCUUAAUUGAGACCGCAUAUCAAGCGUAUGAAAAGUUCAUUGUUCAAUUUUAGGGAAUAUAUGUUGAAAAUGAAAAUGUAGAAGCUACACCAAUUUUUUUUUUUUUUUUUCCAAAACAGAAUAAAGAAAGAAAAAAAUUGAAAACCCCAUAAUUGGGGAUAUCCAGCUGGAUUGAGUUAUGCUUGGGCAUAAUUCAGAUAAUUACGAUUAAUGAUAAUUAUUAUAUUGGCUGAGCUAUGAUUUGUUUACGCAAAGCGUGAUCGAGCUAUGAUUCCGUUCAUUAAAUUAAUUAAUGUUCCUCGCUAGUGUCUAUAUAAUUAUUUCUCUGUUUGACAAACUCAUAUAGUAUAUAUAAUAGCGUUUAUCAUUUGUCAUUCUAUUGUUAUGACCAUCUCCAAUGCAAAAGACUAGAAUGCCAAAUUUUGGGGUUAGAUUUGACAUCCUAGUCCCAGAAAAGUGGAUUUGCUCCAAUAAAGAAGACUAAAGGGUCGAAUCUCUAAAUAUUAGUUUUAUGUCAUAAUUUAGUUUAAUGUAAAUUUCAUCACUUUAAUUAGAUAAUUUAAUUUUUUUUUUUUAUAUAGUUGAGUAUAAUUAAUUAAGACAUACACUACAAUAUAAUUUUUGUAUUUGGACAUAAAAAAAAUUAAAUUCAAAUAUGACGCCAUUAAUAACUAAAACACAAAAUUGAACACGCAAGUAUAAAACGUCCACUUCUAUACAAUAGAAUUAGAACCUCAUGGGUUUGGGUUGUGAUUAACUGAUUAUAGAAGUAAUUGAAUGAAUUGGCCAAUCAAGAAAUGGUAACUAAAAAAAUUCAGUUGAACCCCUAAUUAAUUGGUCUCGAGCCAUUAAAAUGGUACUGCAAGCGACAGCCGCAAGGAGCUGGGUGGGCAACACGCGCCGUGGGCAUUGUCUCUGGCCCGUGUGAGUUGUGACGUGCCUCCUCCUCCGAGAAAAACUUCAGUGGGACGGGUGCACCAUCAAGGAGUAACAAUGCUUGCACCUCAUCAUCAAGUGCUAAAUUCAUCGUAAUUAGAUGGUUGAGAAGCCCUUGAAAAUCACUCAGACACUAUGCCCAUCCUUGUACUUCAAGGAUUUGUUUUGAGCUGAUUGUUGCUCAUACAUGGACUCCAAUUUCUGCCACAAUUCAUCGCUUUUGUAUCUCUUGCAACAUGAUGAAAGAUGUUUUGAUCGGUCCAUUGUCGAAUGAUUAUCACCGCCUUUCUAUACAAGACCUCCCACUGCUAAUCCGACUUAUCUUCUGGCUUCUUGUUGCCACUUUCGAUAGGUUCAUAGAGAUCCUUUCAAAACGAUAUAUCCUCCAUUCGUGACUUCCAAAUUGAGUAGUUGGAUGACGUCAACUUGAUCAUUUCUUCAUUUGUGUCCUCCAUUCUUGCCAUUGACCCAAAACAGCACCCAAACAACCUUGGGCUUUGAUACCACUGUUGAGAUACGGUGCAAAAAAAAUCAAACAAGAAUGAAAUGAACAAGACACG